AUGCGGCGGCGCCUGCGGCUGUUGACGGCGGCGCUGGGAGGAUGCGGGCUGCUGCUGGGCUCUGCGCUGGCGGCGGGCGACGAGCGGCUCUACGCCGCGGCGGUGAUGCCCGCGCUCCGUGCCGUCCCCCCGGAGGCCGCCCACGGCUUGGCCCUGCGCGCCGCCGCUCUCGGGCUUCUGCCGCCCGCCCGUCCCGACAGCCCCACGCUGGAGGUGCGCGUCCUCGGGCUCCGGUUCCGCAACCCGCUGGGACUGGCAGCUGGCUUUGACAAACACGGCGAGGCUGUGGAUGGGCUGUACAGGAUGGGCUUCGGCUUUGUGGAGGUGGGAACGGUCACGCCCGAGCCUCAGGAGGGCAAUCCCAAGCCCAGAGUCUUUCGGCUGGUGGAAGAUGAGGCAGUCAUUAACAGAUAUGGAUUCAACAGCCAUGGCCAUGCUGUGGUGGAGCGCAGGCUGCGGGCCCGCCAGGAGGCACAGCUCAAGCUCACAACUGUGGGAAUGCCUCUUGGAGUCAACCUGGGCAAGAACAAGAGCUCUACAGAUGCUGCAGCUGACUACGUGGCUGGAGUCCAGAAGCUGGGCCCCUUGGCUGACUACUUGGUUGUGAACGUGUCAAGCCCAAAUACUCCAGGGCUGCGGGACCUUCAGGGCAAGGCUGAGCUGCGGGACCUGCUGACCAAGGUGCUGGCAGAGAGGGACAUGCUGUCAUGUGAGCGUAAGCCAGCCGUGCUGGUGAAGAUUGCCCCGGAUCUCACAGAGCAGGACAAGCAGGACAUAGCUGGUGUUGUGUGUGAGGUUGGUGUGGAUGGACUGAUUGUCAGCAACACCACCAUCAGUCGCCCCAGUGGCCUCCAGAGCACACAGCGCCUGGAGUCUGGGGGUCUCAGUGGGAAGCCCCUGCGGGAGCUCUCCACACAGACAGUGCGGGAGAUGUAUGCCCUCACCCACGGCCGGGUGCCCAUCAUUGGGGUGGGUGGGGUGAGCAGUGGCCGUGAUGCUUUGGAGAAGAUCCGUGCUGGAGCUUCGCUUGUACAGAUGUACACAGCAUUAGUGUACUUUGGGCCCCCAGUGGUGGGGGCCGUGAAACGGGAGCUGGAGGAGCUGCUGAGGGAACAGGGGUUCAAGAGCGUCAUGGAAGCAGUUGGAGCAGAUCACCGACGCUGACAGAUUGCAGGAUCGAGAUCUAGCUAAGAGGAACCAUGGCAAACCAGGAAUGGCUGUGAUGUUUCCAGAGUAGUUAGGUUGGGACUGAGCCAAUGCCCUGGUCCUGGCUCUUGAGAAGGGUCAGUAAGAGGAACUGGGGCUGUACUGGUGGGGAGCUGGGGAAGGGGUCUCUGUACUAAUGCGACUGCCCAGGGCUAUGCUUUUGGCUUUCCUGUGGGCUGUGUUCCCCAGCAGAAGCAAGUGGUGGUCAGGUUCCCCUGGGGCCAAAAAAGGCCCUUGAGGAAGGCCGGUUGUGGAGUGAUAGAACAGUCUUGUGCCCGCCUUCCCUACAGUACUGACCAGAGCCCAAGCACUGUGUUGGGUAUCCCUUCUGCCCUUCAGUUCUGGAACCUCUUCAGGUCACUCUGGCUAGUGCUGGGUCAUGCACUACAGCCUUUGGAGUGGCAUCUCUCCUCGCUUGUCCUCAUCUGCUGUCUGUACAGUGCUUUAAUAACCUGUGGGUCCUGAUCCUGACCUAGAGUUAAUAAACAUUUCUCUUACCUUG